GCGGUGGGCGGCGGGCGGCGCGCCUGGUCUGGGCUCUGCUGGCCGGGAGGACCUGACUCCGCUUUCCUCGGGGGCUCCGGGUCGUGUUCGCGGGCUCCCCCGCGCUGUGUUCGAGGAGCCCGGCGGGAGCUGGAGGACGCGGUUCCAUCCCGCCAGCGAACUGGACGCUGCUCCGGGAACCGCGCGCCAGGCUGGCGACCCCCUACGACUCCGCCCGCACCCGCCCACCAGGCCCCUGCGUCGUGGUUUCCCACUGUCAUGGUUCCCCUAGGCCAAAAUCGGGGGUCUCACUCUGUGGCUGACCGAGCCUGCAGGAUGUUUCACGGGAUCCCAGCCACUCCGGGCAUGGGAGCCCCUGGGAACAAGCCAGAGCUGUAUGAGGAAGUGAAGUUGUACAAGAAUGCCCGGGAGAGAGAGAAGUAUGACAACAUGGCAGAGCUGUUUGCAGUAGUGAAGACAAUGCAGGCACUGGAAAAAGCAUACAUCAAGGACUGCGUCACCCCCAACGAGUACACUGCAGCCUGCUCUCGGCUCCUGGUCCAGUACAAAGCUGCCUUCCGGCAGGUUCAAGGCUCAGAAAUCAGUUCCAUUGAUGAAUUCUGCCGCAAGUUCCGCCUGGACUGCCCGCUCGCCAUGGAGAGGGUCAAGGAGGACAGGCCCAUCACCAUCAAGGACGACAAGGGCAACCUCAAUCGCUGUAUUGCCGAUGUUGUCUCACUCUUCAUCACAGUCAUGGACAAACUGCGCCUAGAGAUCCGUGCCAUGGAUGAGAUCCAGCCCGACCUGCGGGAGCUGAUGGAGACCAUGCACCGCAUGAGCCACCUGCCCCCAGACUUCGAGGGCCGCCAAACAGUCAACCAAUGGCUACAGACCCUGAGUGGCAUGUCAGCAUCCGACGAGCUCGAUGACUCCCAGGUGCGUCAGAUGCUCUUCGAUCUGGAGUCUGCCUACAACGCCUUUAACCGCUUCUUGCACGCCUGAACCGCGGCGUGGCCUGUGGGGAUGUGGAUGCUUCCUAGGAGACAGUUCCUCGCUCCCUCUGGCGGUAGCCACCCUGGAUAUCUUCAUGAGACUUGUGUCCAUGGUGUCAGGACUCUCCCCCAAUAAAGAUGCCGUCCUUACGCCUUC